UGCGGAGGAGGGCAUUUUGUGGCGAGGAAGACUAAACGGGGGGAGCAGGAAGGAGAUAUCACAAGAUGGCGGCCUGAGGAGGAACGGAGGGGCUGCGGCUGUUAGGAAGGGAAAAUACUAGGUAGAGCCCGGGAGAGCUUGGGGUAUUCUGGGCUCUAUUGAUCCACACUCCGCUUCUAUAGUGGGUCCCGGGCCAGCGAGAGUGAAGGGAGUGUGCGUUACACGAUAGAGGUUCCCCCGUGACCUCGGACCGAACAAAGGACCCCGUUUAUAGGAGCGGGGCGGCCGACGUACGGGCUUUUCCCCUCCUGCCCUAGCCGUGUACAGUGCUCUCUUCUCUGGGUAUCUACCCUUCUUAGGCUCGGUUUUCUUGAUAUCUGGGGUCUCGAUACCUCGUCAUACCCGGGAUCAUGGCAAGCAGCAGCGGCUCCAAAGCCGAGUUCAUCGUUGGAGGAAAAUACAAGUUGGUGCGGAAGAUCGGCUCUGGAUCCUUCGGCGAUAUCUAUUUGGCAAUCAACAUCACGAAUGGCGAGGAGGUUGCUGUGAAGCUGGAGUCGCAGAAAGCCCGUCAUCCUCAGUUGCUCUACGAAAGUAAACUCUACAAGAUCUUGCAAGGGGGAGUUGGCAUCCCACACAUCCGGUGGUAUGGACAAGAAAAAGACUACAACGUCCUAGUCAUGGAUCUGCUUGGACCUAGUCUUGAAGACCUCUUCAACUUUUGCUCCCGCAGAUUCACAAUGAAGACUGUACUAAUGUUAGCGGACCAGAUGAUCAGUAGAAUUGAAUACGUUCACACUAAGAAUUUUAUACACAGAGACAUUAAACCAGACAAUUUCCUAAUGGGCAUUGGACGUCACUGUAAUAAGUGUUUAGAAUCUCCAGUGGGGAAGAGGAAAAGAAGCAUGACUGUUAGUACUUCUCAGGACCCAUCUUUCUCAGGAUUAAACCAGUUAUUCCUUAUAGACUUCGGUUUGGCCAAAAAGUACAGAGACAACAGGACAAGGCAGCACAUACCCUACAGAGAAGACAAAAAUCUAACCGGAACAGCCCGCUAUGCUAGUAUCAACGCUCACCUAGGAAUUGAACAGAGUCGUCGUGAUGAUAUGGAGUCUCUAGGAUAUGUGCUAAUGUACUUCAACAGAACCAGCCUUCCUUGGCAGGGAUUGAAGGCUGCAACAAAGAAACAAAAGUACGAAAAGAUCAGUGAAAAGAAAAUGUCCACCCCUGUCGAGGUGCUGUGUAAGGGGUUUCCAGCAGAAUUUGCGAUGUAUCUGAAUUACUGCCGCGGCCUUCGCUUUGAGGAGGCACCAGACUACAUGUAUCUGAGGCAACUGUUCAGGAUUCUCUUCAGGACUUUGAACCACCAAUACGACUACACAUUUGACUGGACAAUGUUAAAGCAGAAGGCAGCCCAGCAAGCGGCCUCCUCAAGUGGGCAGGGCCAGCAAGCCCAAACCCCCACAGGCAAGCAAACUGACAAAUCCAAGAGUAACAUGAAAGGAUUUUGAGAACUCAAGAAGCAAAUAUUGAAGAUCCUGGCACGAGCUGGACCCGUCACUCCCUUAAAACAUAGAGAUUUUUAGUUCAUAUGUACACUUGACAGUUGUUGUGGGAGACCAUUUACUCGGUGUAAAACGGAACUUAAUUUCAGUCUGGCUACCGGUGACGUCCGCCAUGUCGACUUGUAGCCGCUGGUAUUUGUGAAUAUCACGAAGAUUAGUGAAACAUGGUGUCCAGUUUUCUAUUGCAUCCUAUUUUUUUUCUCUCCUCUCCCCUGAAAGUUAGGGGCUGGUGGUUCUGAUAUAUUUGGCAUUUGACAUAGUGGUGGAAGAAAUUGUGCAUAUGCCAACUUUUUUUUUCCCCCCUCCUAUGGUUAAUCUUUGACUGUACACUGCUUACAGCUUCCCCUGCUCCAGAAGAAAAAGCAUGACAUGAUUUCCUACAGAUUGUUGUGAUGGCCCAUGUAUAAAAGAACUGCAUUUCCCCCCCCCAGAGUUUUUUUCCUUCACUUAUCACAUCAACAUGUUUUAACUGUACACCUUAGAACAUUCUUAACCAUUUCAUUGUAGACCUCUAGAGUAUGCGCUGCAGGUAUAAGUGAGUAAAUUUGAGAUUCUUCAUGUUUGUCACCUUGGGUAUUAUGGUGACCAUGUGGUUCCAGAUUAUUAGGACUGUCUGGCUUCACAGCUCAGUCCUUACAGGAUUGUUAUAGAAAUAUUGUGUAAUAUACCCAUAAUCUAUGCCUAUCAUUAUAAUCUGAAACCGUCAAAUCCCCCUAAUAUAACCAAAGAUACCAAUUUUAGGCAAACAGUACAACUGAUUCCUGUGUUUGUGUAUUUUAUAAGGACAUCGUUGACAGUGCAGGACCUGUGUCAGUUUCCUUUAUUUUUUUUUUGUAAAAAAAAUUAAACUGCAGCAUUUGUCAUAAACUAGUUAACACCUUAAAAGCUUGUUUAAGUGGCUUAGGAAACUUAAUCACUGUAAACACGAUCUGGGAUAUCUUUGUUUUUUAUUUUAUUUUUUUCGUUCUGUUUGUUUACAAGUUCAUUAAAAACUGAAAUUGA